UUUAAUUCCUUCACUUUCACACUCCAUUUGGACUUUGGAGCCAUGGAUUAAGGAGUACAUAAAAAUCUGGGUUUGGGGAAACAUCUCUUCCAUCCUCUUGUAUUGCUCGACUUCCACUAACUACGGUCUUUGCCUUUGCCAUGUCUCUGAUCUCCAAGGUUUCGGAUGCUCCUUAUGCUUUGGUGCAAUGGUGGUGGCAGGCGGGUAGCGAGAUCUAUCAGUACCGGAGAGACAAUUUCUUUGUACUAUCGAUCUUCCUGGUGUUGGCCACCGCCAUAACAGUAUCACGGUGGCGGCGUUGGUCAAGGAGGGAGAGAACGCCACUGCCUCCAGGACCAGGAGGCCUGCCGAUAGUCGGCGAUCUCCCUUUCAUUGGUACCCAGCUCCACCGGAGUUUCGCCAAAUUGGCUGAGACCUAUGGUCCCAUCAUGAAACUCCGAUUAGGAGCCAAGGUAUGCAUCGUGGUGACUUCACCAUCUCUGGCAAAGGAGGUAUUUAAAGAUCACGACACCAUAUUCGCCAACCACGACGUGUUAGCGGUGGGGGCUAUUGCUAGUUACGGAGGCGUUGACAUAGUCUUUUCACCAUACGGUGACCAUUGGCGGAUGCUCCGAAAGGUUUCCGUCUCGGAGAUGCUAAAUCACAAGAGGCUGGAAGCUAUGUAUGGUCUCCGGCGGAAAGAGGUCCGCCACAUGGUGAGUCAACUCUAUUCCAAAGCCGGCUCUCCGGUCGACGUUGGGGAGCAGAUGUUUCUCACCACAUUCAACAUCAUAACCAGUAUGUUAUGGGGUGAUACACUUGAAGGGGAGAAGGGGCGGCGCACCACCGUCGACGUUCGGGAAGUAAUGGACAGAGUCGUGAAGCUUCUUGGCGAGCCCAAUAUUUCCGAUCUUUUUCCGGCGCUGGCGUGGCUUGAUAUCCAAGGCCUUGGGCGGCGGAUGAAGAAGGAGAUUUCGUGGUUCGAUCAGAUGUUAGAUUCCAUCAUCAAUAAACGGCUCAAAAGAGAGAGAGAAAGAGCGAGCGGGCGAGGUGAAGAGAUUGACGACGGCGUACAAGAUAAGGAUCUCCUUCAGGUCUUACUCCAGCAGCUCAAUCUGAAGGCCAAGGAAGGAGUGCCUAAUAAUGCGACACCUGGCCUUACUAUCUCUCACAUCAAGGCCUUGUUUUUGGACAUGAUGGUGGCUGGGACUGAAUCAACAUCAAGCGCAGUGGAGUGGGCAAUGGCUGAACUAUUGAAACACCCACAUAUAAUGAAGAAAGCUGAAGAAGAACUAGAAGAGGUUGUGGGGUUGAAGAAUAUGGUGGAAGAGUCUCAUUUGCCUAAGUUGCAUUACUUGCAUGGAGUGGUGAAGGAAGUUUUGCGUCUUCACCCACCUGCUCCUUUCUUGGUUCCUCGAUGCCCAAGUGCAUCAUGCACUGUAGGUGGUUUUAUGAUUCCAAAGGGCUCCAAAGUUAUAGUGAACGCAUGGGCUAUGCAGAGGGAUCCUAUGUCUUGGGAUAACCCCUUGGAGUUCCAGCCGGAGAGGUUCUUGAGAUCAGGCGAUGAUGAAUAUGAUUUUAGUGGCAAAGAUUUUAGAUAUAUUCCAUUUGGAUCAGGAAGAAGGGUGUGUGUAGGAAUCCCUAUGGCAGAAAGAAUGGUACCAUACCUAUUGGCAUCAAUUUUGCAUUCAUUUAGGUGGCAGUUGCCAAAUGGAGUGGAACUUGAUAUGUCGGAUAAGUUUGGUAUGGAAUUAAAGAAGGCAAUGCCACUUGUUGCGAUCCCAUCACCUAGGUUAUCAAACUCCACACUAUGAUUAAAGUCAUUGAUGCAAGGGAAUUCUUAUUUAUAUUAUUUCUGGUGUCGGUUGAUUUGUAAUUUUAGUUUUUGUCCUUUCAGUAUAACAUAUUUUUCUUUUCUAGAUAAA